UUUGUGCUAAAAAAUUCUUUUCGAAGCGGGUCCUUUAAUAAAGAAGUGUGGAAUUAGUUCCUUAUGCGCAGUAUUAAAUUUAUCAUAUAGCUUGAAGUGUUUUAAUUUACUAAUCGAGGAAAUAUUGCAUAUCGAACACGUGCUUUUUGUAAUAGUCAAUACCAGAAAUGGAAGCUCCAGCUGAUAAAAAUAUUGAUGCAGAUUCCUGCAAUGAAUCUGAUGAUGGAAGGAAAGACUCUGAAAAUGGAAAAAUGUUACCAUUUGGAUGUAUGGGUGCUUUAUUUCGACGCCAGUUUUUGCAAGAAAUGGUUAAAACUCUCCCUAAGUCCAUUAAAAACAGAGUGAUUGCUUUAAAAAAUAUUCAACUUGAACACCUAAAAUUGGAAGCUGGGUUCUUCGAAGAAGUUUACAAAUUAGAACGGGAAUAUCAAGAAAAAUAUCAGCCGCUUUUUGACCGAAGGAAAGAAAUUGUUACAGGGCAAGUAGAACCUUCUGAACAAAAACCCCAAUGGAAAUCAGAUGACAUUGAGGACGGGGAAACGUCACCUGAAAUUCAAGAUAUGAUUAAAAAAGUAAGAGAAAUAUCUGAGGAUACGACAGGAAUACCAAACUUUUGGUUUAAUAUAUUUCGAAAUACUGAGUUACUUGGAGACAUGAUUCAGGAACAUGAUGAACCCGUGUUAAAGAAAUUAACUGAUAUCAAAAUUAAGUAUGACGAUGAGCAUUCUUAUACCCUGGAAUUUUAUUUUGAUAAAAAUGAAUACUUUUCAAAUGAAGUUCUUACAAAGAAAUAUUUCUUAAAAGCAAUGGUGGAUGAAGACAAUCCAUUUGGCUUUGAGGGGCCGGAAAUUUAUAAGUGCAAGGGCUGCACCAUUAAUUGGGAAAAGAAAAUGAAUCUCACCAUCAAAACAAUUAGAAAGAAGCAAAAGCACAAGGAGAGAGGAACAGUCCGUAAUAUAGUUAAACAAGUACCAAAUGAUUCAUUUUUCAACUUCUUCAAUCCUCCGGAAGUACCGGAAGAUAAAGAUGAAAUGGAUGAGGAAACUCAAGGGAUUUUAGCAACAGAUUUUGAAAUAGGUCAUUUCCUAAGGGCUAGAAUCAUUCCUAAAGCUAUACUUUAUUAUACCGGAGAUAUAAUUGAUGACGAAGACGACGAUGAUGGAGAAUAUGAUGAUGAUGGCGAAGAUGAAGACGAAGAAGAUGAGUCGGACGAUGAGGCGGUUGAAAAGGAAAAACGCAUUAAAUCAAUAGAUGAUUGUAAAAACCAAUAAGAUACUUGCCGAAUACUUGGUUUAAAUCAAUAAAAUUCGAAAUUAAUUUUUUGUAAGAAUUUUGUAAAUGCA